AUGCUGGAGGAGGCGAUCCCCGCGCUGCUGAGCGCGGUCCACGGGUGGUUCACCCCCGCCGUGCUCUUCGUCGUCCUCAACAUCGUCAUCGGCACCAUCGCUGUCACCUCCAAGGCCGCCGCCGCCUCGGAGACCGGCGGCGAAGAGGAGGAGAACAUCGCCGCUGCGGGCGCGGGAUGGGAGCAGCACCGGCGGCUGGCCCGCGUGACGUCCAUGGCGUUCGAGCGGUUGAGGUCGUUCAACGGCCGCUUCGCCGCGGCCGCACCCGAGCCCGACCCCGCCGAGGCCGGGGUGGUGGAUCUGGGGCACGAGCAGCCCCCCGCGGCGGAGAUGGAGAAGGAGGAUCCCGUCGUCGUCGAGCCGGAGCCGGAGCCGGAGCCGGAGCCCGAGCACGCGGCGCGCAUGGAGCGGAGCAGGUCGGAGGCGGAGGCGGAGCUCCCUCGGCUCCCGGCGCGCCUGCACAAGUCGGCCAGCGACAAGUCGGCGUUCGCGCACUUCGGCGCCGAGGAGGUGGAGCAGACCGCGCGCGCGGUGGAAGCGCGGCGCCCGGCCACGACGAGGGAGACCCGCGGCCGCCGGCGGUUCCCCGUGGCGGAGCCGGAGUCGUCGGAGUCCGAGUCCGAUUCGGAGGAGGAGGAGGAGGCCAUCAGCGGCGGCGAGGUGGACGCGCGCGCGGACGACUUCAUCAACCGGUUCCGCCACCAGCUGAAGCUGCAGCGCAUCGACUCCUUCAUCCGCCACAGGGAGACGGUCCGCCGCGGCCAGGCCCAGGCGGCGGCCCGGGGCGUGUAG